AUGGCAAUCAAUUCCCAGCAAGCGUAUAUAAGUGUGGAUUUGCUUCAAUCAUCUAUCAUUUAUGGGUUGAAAGAAAUGCAAGAGUCAAUCUUUAUAUCAAGCUCCGGUGACCAAUCUCAUUCAACUAGUAGAAAUGGGGCACCAUUAACGUUUGACAUGGAAUAUGCUCGAUGGCUUGAAGAGCAAAAUGUGCACAUGAAUGAUCUUAGAUCAGCAGUAAAUGUCUAUACAAGUGAUGCAGAAGUUCAAAGUGUUAUUAAUGAUGUAAUAGCACACUACAAUGAUAUUUUCAGGCUCAAAGCCAACGCAACAAAAGUAGACGUUUUACAUAUAUUAUCUGGCAUGUGGACCACCCCUGCUGAGAGGUGUUUCUUGUGGUUGGGUGGCUUUCGUUCUUCAGAGCUUCUAAAGAUUCUGGUGAAGCGAAUAGAGUCUUUGACAGAACAUCAACGGGCUUCAUUAAGGAAUUUGCAGGAUACUUCUCAGCAGGCAGAAGAUACACUUUCUGACGGAAUGGACGCUUUGCAACGAUCUUUAGCACAGACAUUGUCUGGUUCAUCUGGGAAUGUUGCAAACUAUAUGGGUCAAAUGGCUAUGGCCAUAAGGAAGCUAGGAGCACUUGAAGAAUUUAUACAUCAGGGUGACAACCUAAGGCAGCAAACCCUCCAACAAAUGCAUUGGAUUUUAACUACUCGACAAUCCGCUCAUGCUCUACUUGCCAUGCACGAUUAUUUCACCCAUCUUCGCGCUCUAAGUUCCUUUUGGCUAGCGCGACCAAGAUAG